AAAAAUUGUAUGUAUUUUCUUUCAUGUAGAUGUGUGUUUUGUUUCCAGAUGCCAUUGUUAUUUAUUUCUUUUUAAUUUCCUGUAGCAAGACUAUGUAUGUUUUGAGUAUAUAAAUAAACUCUAAAUCCAAGCCUUGUUUAAGUCUUUAAAGCUUUCCCUGGACUAUAGCACCAAAUGAUGUCCUGGGAUUAUCAUAUUGAGAAUCUGAUGUGGGUAAUAAGAAAAAAAAAAAGCAUGUGUCGAAGUCUGCCAGUAGGCUAGCGUUUGUACUUAAGGAACUGUAAUCUUCCAUGAGCUGACCUCUGCUGAGUCUGACUGCUUCCUGCUGAUUGGCUAAGACACUAAGUAGCAGUAAAUUGGCCCACAGCUUCUUUACAAGCAACAAGUUGCUGCAGUUCUACACCCGAGUAUUUUCGAGACAAUGGGUAUCUGGUGCCAGAAAGUUAAAAUUUUUGCAAUUACUAGCUAGAAUGUUCUUAAAAACUAUGUAUUUAUAGUUUGAUUUAAAACAUUUGAAGAGAUACAGACUUUCCUCCCAGGGGAAGGUGGUGAAGGUGGUCAAGGACACCUGAGCAUAUUUUACUUUUUCUGCCAUGGAUUUUUUUACUGGGCCAAAACUUCUGGAUUUUAAGAAUUCACCGCCACAUCUUCAGUUCAACAAGUAUGUCCUGACAGGAUACCGGCCUAUAUCCACUUACAGAGACUGUCUGCGGAGUUUGUUAUAUCUGCACAAUGAAAUUGGGAACAUCUAUACACAUGGUAUCCCCUUCAUCUGUUUUUUGCUGUUUUUGCCUUUGAGUAUCCCAUGGGCUGAAGUCGAGUGGUGGAUAGGAGUGGUGCAUUAUUUGGCUUGUCUCUCUCCCACCGUUUGUUCAGUAUUCUACCAUCUCUUCAUGAACCAUGAGGGUGGAGCACCUAUUUAUGACACACUGCUGUGCUUCGACAUGUUUGGUGUCUGUCUCGUCAACACUCUUGGUGCUCUUCCAAUCAUUCACAUAACUUUGUUGUGUUACCCAUCCUCCCGACGUGUGGCGAUGUUGGCAUAUCUCCUGCUCUCUGGCUACGGUGUUCACCGCGCUGUCUCUGCUCAGAGUAAUGUACACCGCCUGCAAUCUUUUGCCUGGCAGGCGAUCUUCCGAUUCAUUCUCUUUAUGUUGCGUCUUACUGGUGCAGGCAGAGGAAGCCCUGCAUCCCUUCGCCUCUACCUCACUAUGGAUACACUUGCAUUGCUAGGAGGACUAGUCAAUAUUUCCCGCCUUCCAGAGCGCUUCAGUCCUGGACGGUUUGACUACUGGUUUAAUAGUCACCAGAUUAUGCACAUCAUGGUCGUCCUUUCCAUUGUGUACUUACACUGGGGAACUCUGGAGGAUUUAACAUGGUUAAAGGGAUAUCACUGUCCCAGUGAAUAAACUUAAAGACUUAUAAUUCAUCAUGAUAUUUAAAGAACUACAGCGAAAUAACUGUAAAACCCAAAGUGUGAUGGUACUAUGGUAAAGUGUUGAUAUAAUUUGUUUAUGCCAUGGUACUUUCUUUAAAAUACAUAUUUACAGCUACCAAGUGACAUGAAGUUGCACUACAGACGUUAAUGGCACACAACCUUGGAUGUCAACAACAAAAGACAGGGAAAGAGUCUGUUACCUUUGGUUGAUAGUCUAAUGUUUUACUAUUUUAUGCAUGCACAAUCAUAUGGUUAGUUGCCCUGUACACUAUUUGCAUUUAGGGCUGUUUUCCCUGCUACCAUAUUAAAACAGACCUACAACCCAUAGAGUUGAGAAACAAUAACAUGGUGCAAAUCACAAAAAAAGUAAAGCUCUUUAAAAAGGAGUACAAUUUUUGUUUCUUAAAAGCUUUCUCUGGUGAAGUUGUGUCAACAUAGUGACACAGUAGUGAAUAAUGAAAUGUGAAAUAUUGCACUUUAUCCUUCUAAAUUUCAGAAAUCAGAUUCAGAUGAUUGUAUUCUGGAUAACACUACCGUUGACAAAUCUGAUGCUUUCUGUUUAAAUGGUGCUACAUAUGUCAAAUAUGAAACGUAUAUCAAUAUAAAAUAUUACUUUAAUUAAACAAGCUGGACUUGAAGGUCUUUGAAAGUCUUUCUCUGUAAGUCUCUGAAUUAUACCAUCUGGGCACAUGUGGGGAAAUUAGAAUACAUUUGAGAGUAUGCACUCAUAUUUUAAAUUUUCAACACUAAAAUUUGACAACUUGCACUGGAGGCUGACGGGUAAAUUUACCCUUAUGGCACAUGCAUAAAAUGUGCUUUAAACUUAAAAACGUAUACACUUUUGAAAUAUAGUCCUUCACAAAGUAGUACAAAAUAAUGAAUUCAGGUACUCACACAUUCCUUGAAAAAAGACAUCAGUUGGACUUCAUGAUUUUAUCGCAGUGACAGGUACACAGAUAUUUUAUGUUCAGUAAACAUGACUAAAUUCAGAUGUAAUUUGAGGUUUAGUGUUAAUUUAUGGUUAUCAAAAGAAAUUACUCAACUAAGGAGUCACUUUAAGCAUACUUUAGUUUUUACACAAAUGCUGAAUAUAGCCAAAUUGCACAGCGUUUUAAAGUAUACUCUAGGCUGUCGACACAUGACCAGUAGAAAGUUUCUGCAUCCACUGUCUGUGCUAUUAGCCUGCUGCUGUAGUGAAACUGCAACUAUUGUGUAUAAAUUAAACAAAAGAAAAAAAAAUUGUGAGAAAGGUCUUUUAUAAACUUUUGCAUGGCAAAGUGUGUAUUGUGAUCAGAGCUACUGCCAUGACAGUGUGAUGUUACUUAGCUAGUUUGUGAUUUAAGUUUUUGUCUUCUGUGUAAAAAUAACUUACUUGGGUGUAUAUAUAUAUAUAUUUUUGUAA